GACCAUGUGACUGGAUCGAGGAGGAUGUGGGGAUUAGAGACGGAGGUAUAAAAGUGCAGAGACAGACAACCCUCAUCACAAAUUCAAAGGCGAAAGCAAGAAGCGGAGAUCAGCAGCGGCCUCCUGGGAUAUCUGUGACAACAGACACCUUCAGCAGAAAUGAACUCCAGCCCCCCUGCAGGAAGCGCCCUGGCCCCCGGCGGAGCCACCGGCCCCACCACACCCAAGAAGGGCCCACCCAAGUUCAAGCAGAGGCAGACUCGUACAUUCAAGAGCAAGGCUCCCAAACCAGGCCAGAAGGGUUUCGGUGACGAUAUCCCUGGCAUGGAGGGUCUCGGCACAGACAUCACAGUGGUGUGCCCAUGGGAAGCCUUCGGCGACAUGGAGCUCAGCGACUUGGCCAAAUACGGCAUCAUCUAAACCUGCUGCCUCCUGCCUUCCCCGCCUGCUGCACCUCUCUCUCUCUAAUCCUCUCCGCCCUGCCUUCUCUCCACCUCAGCUCGGCAUGCCGUGAUAAGGCUGUCAGCAAACCCACUAAUGCCCUCUCGUCUACCUACCUCAGGCUGUCCUCCACUAAGUGGACGGAAAGCAUAAUCAUGCUCUUAUUUUUAUGUUAUUAUUAUUAUUAUAUAAUACUGUUUACAGUAUCUAUACUUGAAACGAGAAGACGAGAACUGACCUCCACCUCCCCUCAUCCUCCCCCCUUCGUCCAUCUACACUAGUCCUCUUCUGACUUCUCCUUCCUCCUCAUCUGGACCCCCCCCCCCCCCUCCCCCUUCACCCCUAACCCACGGCAAUGGACGCAAGCAAAACACUGGUUAAUACUAUCUUGGAUUUGCUUCUAGCUGUCUGUUAAAUUGUAAAUAAUUUGUUUGCAGUGUUGAACCUUUUUACCUUGUCUUCCAUCUUACCUUUUGUACUUCCUCCCUCUUUUAUUCUCCACUGUAUUUUCUACUCCUUGUCUGCAAGGCUGUUGUAAACACCAAGGGAUGUAAGGAUUUCUUGCUUGUGUUGUACGGCGCUUUGGACAAAAGCGUCUGCUAAAUGAAACUGUAGAACUGUAGAAGGAGAGCGUGCACUGCGUCGUAAUGGUGAAAGCUUCGACGCACUUUGGUUUGAUCACGGAGAAGGAACUCCCUUUUAUCCCAUCUGCCUCUCUCUCCUUGCUGCUAUCUGAACCUGAGUCCCUCCUUAGAGAAAACAAAGGCUGAUGUGUUUUGUGUUUGCAACACGGAGCGCAGCAAAUGUACUGUGAGCUGGUUUGUCCUGAUAGCUGCAGUAAAAUGUGUUUAUUUUUAGUA